UCAGAGAGAGGAAGAGAAGGAGAGGGAACUCUUCUUGCUUGCGGCAGCUUCAACCAGCAUUUUUCUUCUUAAAGUCAAUCUAAGAUGCACUUUGGGUCAGGUGGACAGUCACUUUGGAUACCGCUGCUCAUUUUCUUAACGCUAUGGGAAGGGCUGCGGGCGUCAACGUCUUCUCCCGGUCUGCCGGCGCCGAAACUCACUGUUCAUUCCUGGUCCAAGGACUCAGUGGUCCUGGUCUGUCGGGCCUCAGAAGGCCAACGCGGAAUUUUCUUCUUGCUGUACCGCCAAUCCAGCAAGGUGGACUCAAUGGAGUUAGAGUCUCCUUCAGAGGAGGUUCACUUCACCGUGCAACUCAAGAAGGGACCAGAACCUGAAUUACUUUGCUGUUUGUACAGGAACCGGCAAGGCCUCUAUAGUGCUUACAGUCCAUAUUUACCUAUAGAGCACCCAAGAGGUGUUUCCCCAACAUCAGCCAUCCCCUCCUUGCCUCCUCCAGUCUUAUCGGUGGAUCCCCCAGGUGGCGUGGUUAACCAUGGCACCAUGUUGUCCUUCAGCUGUUCUGCUCCAGGCCUUGUCCAGUCUGGUCACAAACAGACCUCCUUCCUUUUGGUGAGGGGUGGUUCAGGAGAAGAGCCUCAGGCCGUCCAGGGAUCAAACUUGGAAUCCCAACCCGGAGUCUUCAGCAUGGGGCCGAUGAAGCAGGGACAGGACGGCGAGUAUACGUGCUUCUACCAGGUCACUAGUAGAGAGGAAGUGGUUAAUUCAAGUGUCAGCAACGCCGUUCGAAUCAUAUUAAAAGACGAGCUGCCAGUGCCUACCCUCAGCCUCCAGCAACAUGCACAGGUGUGGCACAUGCUCUGCACAGGGUCCCCCGCAUACCCAGGUGCGCUGUUCAACCUGUACCUGCUAGACGGUCAACUUCCUGUCUCCGGUCAUCAUGUACAAGCCACCGGCCAUGAGACCACGUUCCCUGUGCCGGUGCAGGACACACUAGUGGUCUCCUACCAGUGCCAGUACAGCGUCCUCUUGGGAGGGAAGUGGAGUGAUUCUGAACGCAGCCGCCCCCUGGCUAUUUCAAGAGGUCUUCCACCACCAUCAACACCAGAUGUUCCAGGCGUGGACUGGCCUCUUAUUCUGGGCUCUCUCUCUGCUGUGGUGCUCUUCUUAUUCUCAGUGGCACUGGUGGCUUUCGCACUACACAAAAAAGUAAAAGCAGCAGCGGAGGAAAAGAAGAAAAGGCAAGAAGCAAAGUUUUGGACUCAGGUUCAUGGCAAGGACCAUGUGGUUGACCUCACCGUCAGAUGUUCCAGCGUCACCUCCCAGGAAUGGGCCAAUGGGAACUCAACCUCCAGAUCGCCGUUAUGGAACUCCCUCUCCACGUUCUCCGGCCCCGUCCAUUAGAACUCUCACUCUCUUUGGUGUAUUUAUACUUUAUUACAGUAUAUCUAUGUAGCAUCCGCUGCCUUUAGCACAGCAGGACAGGAAAAGCAAUUUUCACAAGUUCCUCUUUCAUGCGACGCGGCACACUUGUACUUAUAAUUAGACCGAAUAAACAGUAUUACUGAAACACAAGCUAUUUGCUUGUGGCAAUUAUUGAUGUUUUAUAUUGUUGGUUUUUUUGGGUUAUUCCUAGUGUUACCUGUGGGGAGGUUCAAACCUGGAGUGGUACUGGCAUUAAAAAAAAUAUUAAUCUUAAUGUUGUAAAACAAGAAAAAAUAAGAGAA